AUUGCCGCAAAAGCUCAAACACAAAUCAACCCGCCAAACCACCAACUGUCGCAGCCGGUUCCAUCUCCGGUUACCUGUCAAAAGGGGAGCCAUUAAAAACAUCAUAAAGAGGACAAACAUCUUCCACCCUCUCUUCUCCCUCCUCAACCCCAGACCACCAACCGCAUCAGAAUUUUGGACCCAUUCCAAAUCCACAAACAAAUACAAAAUCCAUCAGAUACCAUAUACAGACUGUGUGUAUAAAUACUUUCUCCAUCAAGCUCGUUCGUAAUUUGAUUCCUUUUUUCCCCAUUUGGUUCCAUUCUUUUUUUGGGUUUUUGACUUGUAGUUAUUGAAUUUCCAGGAAUCUGGGUGUUUCUGAGCGUGAUUUAUGGUGGGGCAUUUAAGUGCCUGACCCAGAAGGGCACACUGAUGCCUCGUUAUCUGCAGUUAAUUCCAAGCUCAAUCCUCCAUCAUUUACUGAUUUCUUGCCUUUCAGAGGCGUUUCGAACGAGCUCAUAAACUCCUAAUCCAUCUCUGUACGUAGACAUAUAAACUAAACGCAUUAGGGUUUGUGUUAUCGGCUACUGGAGAAGAGAGAAUGCUGACGUGUGUAGCUCGCCCGAAGCAACCCGGCGGCGAUGAGUCGCUUCAUCAACCUGAGGAAGUCGACCGCCAUGACUCGGCAAGUAGCAAGCAAGCCAUCAAAUCUCUCACCACUCAGAUAAAGGACAUGGCAUUGAAGGCAUCAGGAGCAUAUCGGACCUGUAACCCGUGUGCUGCGGCGCCACCGAUUCAGCACCAGAACAGCAAGGGCUACGCUGAGUCGGAGUCGUCGGAGAGGUUCCGGUGGUCGUACCGCCGCACGGCUAGCUCGAGCUCGAGCUCGUCGAGGCAGUGGGGGAAGGAGCUGGAGGCGCGGCUGAAGGGCAUAUCGAGCGGCGAGGCGACGCCGGCGUCGGCGAGCGGGCGCCGGGUCGACCCGAUCGUGUUCGUGGAGGAGAACGAGCCGAAGGAGUGGGUCGCUCAGGUGGAGCCCGGAGUUCUCAUCACGUUCGUUUCGAUGCCACGUGGCGGCAACGAUCUCAAGCGCAUCCGGUUUAGCCGAGAAAUGUUCAACAAAUGGCAAGCCCAAAGAUGGUGGACAGAGAAUUAUGACAGGGUAAUGGAACUUUAUAAUGUGCAGAGAUUAAGCCGCCAAGCUUUUCCGCUUCCAACCACUCCCAAAUCCGAAGAUGAGUGUCAAAAAAUUGAGUCAGCUGAAGACAGCCCAAUUACACCGGCACUGAGCAGAGAACGCCUACCUCGUACUAUGUAUAGACCCAUGGGAACUGGAAUGAGUGUUUCAUCCUCAGAUUCACUUGACCACCAUCCAAUGCAAUCACGCUACAACUAUGACUCCGGACUGACCACCUCAACACCAAAACUAUCGAGCAUUAGUGGAGCAAAGACUGAAACAUCAUCAAUAGAUGCUUCAAUAAGGACUAGCUCAUCAAGAGAUGCAGAUCGCUCUGGAGAGCUAUCCGUUAGCAAUGCCAGUGAUCUAGAGACUGAAUGGGUUGAGCAGGAUGAACCAGGGGUUUAUAUUACGAUCAGAGUACUGCCUGGUGGCAAAAGGGAACUCAGACGUGUCAGAUUCAGUCGAGAAAAGUUUGGGGAGGUGCAUGCUAGACUCUGGUGGGAGGAGAAUCGAACCAGGAUACACAGACAAUACUUGGAUCGACUCUGUGACUAGAUGGUUUCAAGUAGUUUUUGGUCUGGUGAUAGAGGAAGUGGUUCCUUCACCGUAAGUUCUUCUUUGUGAUUCCCAUUGAAGUUUCUUCUUCAAGACCAUGACAAGAUGCUGCUAGCACCUUUAUAUUAUUUGUGAAGAGUUGCAUUCAUAUUGGAGGCGUCCAGGGUUCUCAGUUACUUCUAAACACCACCACCCCCCCCCCCUUCCUCUCUCUCUCUCUCUCUCUCUCUCUCUCUCUCUGCAUCAUCCUUGUGAUGUAGAAAUGCUUACUGCAAAAGAAUAUGAGUUCUGUAUUUGGAGUUUUAUUGGGUAUACAAGUUGAAGACGAGUACUGGAUUUUGACCUGCAAACUAUGUGAAAGGGAAACUUAUUCACUGGCUCUGCGCAAUCUCGGUUUGUCUAAAAGUAUUUUGAACGGUCGAUAUUGAGCGCCAUAAAUUUUAUUUAUGGCUCCUCCGCAAAUAAGAUUUUCUUAAUUAAGA